GUCGUUUUAAACGUGUCUUCUCCAACUCAUUGCCUUCUUCUCCACCCGCGCCGUUUCCUUAGUUUUCUCUGUUCUCUCUCGUGAUAAUGGUGAGGGUCAGUGUCUUGAAUGAUGCUCUCAAGAGCAUGUACAAUGCUGAGAAGCGGGGGAAGCGCCAGGUCAUGAUUAGGCCGUCCUCAAAAGUGAUUAUAAAAUUCCUUUUGGUGAUGCAGAAACAUGGGUACAUUGGAGAGUUUGAGUACGUUGAUGAUCACAGGGCUGGAAAAAUUGUGGUUGAAUUGAAUGGUAGACUGAACAAAUGUGGAGUUAUUAGUCCCCGGUUCGAUGUGGGUGUUAAAGAGGUAGAAGGUUGGACUGCUAGGCUGCUCCCCUCAAGACAGUUUGGGUAUAUUGUGCUGACCACCUCUGCUGGCAUCAUGGAUCAUGAAGAGGCUAGGAGAAAGAAUGUUGGUGGCAAAGUGCUGGGUUUCUUCUAUUAGUCUAGUUUUCCUUUAAAAAUUUUGCACUUGUUUCAGUUUUUGAGACUUACGGGUUGUAAUGAACGAAGUGCUUGUCCCGUAGUAUUAUUAUCAAGUAUAGCGUAGCAGGAUCUGUUUAUUUUAUGUUAUUUGUUUUGUUUGCAAAAACAAUUUGUUUCCGAUAAAUUUAUCUGAUUUCUUCGUCAAUAUUUUUCCUUUACCAAAA